GUGCUGCGGCCACUCGGACCCAGCAGGUGAACGGCGUCCUGGGGGGGUCCGCGCUGCUCUCCCUGGAUCUGCCCCCCAGCAAGAGGGUGAAAGCGGUCGAGUGGACGUUUUUAGAUGUCAGCCGUGUCAGGAUCCUGCUGGGCGAGUUCAGCCACAGUGGGUUCGAGCGCUCCGACCCCCAGGAUCGAUUCGGGGAGCGGCUGGAGAUGAACAAGACGACGCUGAGGAUCGGGACCCUGGAGAGGGGCGACAGCGGCGCCUACGAGGCUCGGAUUAAACUGCCCCCGGCGGUCGUGGAGACGCAGCUCUUCACCCUCUCCGUCUACGAUCCGGUGCCGGAGCCGCAGAUCCAGGGGCGGCGGCUCUCCCUCAGCCCCCGGGAAUGCAACCUCACCCUGCGGUGCCAGGCGCCCCCGGGCAGCAAUGCCACGGUCACCUGGCAGCUCGGGAGCUCUCUGGGGGUGCCACAGCUCUGCGGGGACAACCAGACCCUGUGCCUGGCCCUGCCUGUCGCUGCCUUCAACUCCACCUACACCUGCCUGGCCCGGAGUCCCGCCCAGGAGCGGAAUGUCUCCGUCCACCCGGGCACCCUGUGCCAGCAGCAGGACACGGGGCCCUGUCAGAGGAGACACACGUGCCUGGUGCUGGUGGCCGUGGGCAUUUUGGCCCUGCUUGGCAUCGCCUGGGUCUGGAGGAGGAGGAGGAGGAGGAGGAGGAGGAAGAAGUCUGAGGGAGGUGCCCUCCCCCCCCUCUCCAGCGAGGAUCCCCCCCCGGAGCUCCUGUACUCCGAGAUCCAGAGGAGAAACUCUCCGGAGCCUCGGGAGUGGCAGGACGGGCCCAGGACCAUCUACUGCGAGGUGCAGGUGAAGGUGUGACCUGGAGAGUCCCGGGUGAGUCCCGGG